AUCCGACCACGCCCCCUUUGCCGUCCACCGCUCCUCUUGGGUGCGUGUCGUUGUUUUCCGACUCGGGGCCUCUGCCGGCUUCAUUUCUCUCCUUCACCUUUUGUAACAGAGCGGCUUGAUACAAAUUUGGAAACAGAAACUCGUCAGCCCUUUUAUUAUUUCGACCCUUCGCCUGGAAAAAGUGUGAAAUCGCUUUGAAAUGGCAGAACAAUUCAGACAACUUUGCCUUCUGCUUUUGACGCCGGAGUGCUACGACGAGUUUUUCAUCAAGUUUAAUUUUCUUGACGUGCCAUGUCUCAAGGCGGCUUUGAGCAAAGGACUCGGAUUAGGAAUAAUCUUGGGCUCGAUGCUUGUAAAAGUUCCACAAAUAACAAAAAUAUUUGGAGGCAAGAGCGCCGAGGGCAUCAGUGCCAUCAGUGUAUUUUUAGAGCUGUUUGCAAUUACCGCAAACGUUGCCUACAGCUACACUAACAAGUUCCCAUUCAGUGCAUGGGGAGAGGGUCUCUUUUUGGCCCUGCAGACCUCAGCCGUGGCUGCCAUGGUCUUGCUUUACGGAAACCAGCCUCGGACUGGCAAAAAGAAGGAGGCUGGUGGAAGCGCAGUCCAAGCCUGCUUGUUCCUCGCCGUCUACUCUGUCCUUUUCUUGGUGCUGACCACUGGAAUCACACCUCCUGAUGUACUGUGGUCUAUGCAGGCAGCUAAUGUACCAAUCAUUUUGGUUGGAAAGCUCAUUCAGGCCGUUGCAAAUUACAAGGCAGGCUCAACUGGUCAGCUCUCUGCAGUCACAGUAUUCAUGCUGUUUGGAGGCUCUCUUGCCAGAAUCUUCACUUCGUACCAGGAGACCGGAGACAUGACUAUGAUCGUCACAUACUGCGGAGCUUCAUUUGCUAAUAGUAUCAUAGCAGCACAGGUGCUUUACUAUUGGCCAAGAGGUGCAGCCAAGAAGGAGAAGCAGCAUCGCAAGAAGAAGGAAUAAAUUGCGGACACUGCAAAAUCUGCAAAUCAAUUUGCACCAAAAAGAGAUUUUACUGACGCCAGGGGGAUAAAAUACCUAAUAAUUUUAUUUUCUAUACAAAAUUUAAAUGUUUGGUGGAUUUGAUUGUGCUCUUUUAUCUUUGAUUUGUGUAAGUCUUGUAUAAAGACUUGCCAGUUUGUUAUUGAUAUACUUGCCCAUUCCAACUGAAUGUGUUUUAAAUCUGCAACUAUAUACUGUGUGGUAGGAAAUUUUUGUUUUGUUUUUAUAUGUAAUUCUUAAGAAACGCCCAUGCUGACAUUGCUGAACUUAGGAAUAGAAUUUAUUGUGAAAUGUCUCAAG